UCCACUCACAAGGCUUUAGUUGGUCUGAGGCUAUAGCAGAAGGCACAACUGUUGUUCACGCAUUGAUUACGCAUGACUGCUACAGUGAAAUAUUUCAAGAAAGAAUGAAAACUCUCACCCUCAAUACAGUUACAAUGAACUUACAAUAAAUUAACACUCCUAGAUAACUUGUGGCGUCACUCAAUAUAUUUACUUCAGAUACAGCUUGCAGUUCACACAAAGUGGAAUAAUAACUCAAACAGCAUCAUUAAUUUUCUCGGAUUUUACCUCGUCAUUCUUUUAUCACUAACUUCUUACAGCAUCUACUCUUCACAAACAUGGUAGCCAGUGGCACUGUAGACACCCAGAAUUCUCCACCAGGAUACUUUGAAAACACUGGAUACUCAUCCGAUUUUGAAGAAUCCCCAACAGCAGGAUAUCUCGCACAAUCCGAAAAUACUCCACAAUCCGGAAAUACCCCACAACCCGGAAAUACCCCACAACCCGGAAAUACCCCACAACCCGGAAAUACCCCACAACCCGGAAAUACCCCACAACCUGGAUAUCCACCUGAACAACCUGGAUAUCCACCAGCAACAGAAUAUUCCUCAAUACCUGAUUACUAUUCACUUUUUCCACUGCAAGAACAACCAAAACAGCAACAACAACCACAGCAGCAGGAACAACAAGAGCAACAUCAACAACAAACCGUUAUUGUGGACACAAUUACCCCAGCUGAUGAAACAGAACCAGAAAGCCAGAGUAAACUACUUUUAAAAUGUUUGAUCUCGGUUAGUUGUGCAAUUGUAUCGAUUAUCAUAACGAUAGUUUACCUCAGUCGUCGAUAGUAACAUAACAUUAGAAUAUUUACAAAAUUUAUAUAAAAUGGAGUGUUUUUUCUUUUUUCAUAUAAAAUAUUCCUAGCAAAAAAAAAAUGUUUAAAUGUAUCGAAAACUUCAAUCAAGAGACUAUAUAUUUCAUAAUAAACGAUAUAUUAAACAAUGAUAUAUUCUGAUCGGUGAACUCUACAGCCCCAGCCUGAUUGUAAGAACCAAUAAAAGAGCAAGACUAUGAGAGUAUAGAGUUAUUGCUGAACCACUUGUACCAUUUCUUCUCUCCAAUGCCCCAAGAAAACAUUGGGUGAUGUUGCUGCAUUUUGCUUUUAUUUGAAUCCGCUUUAUAUCAAGAACUAUCAAUUGUUUAAAACUUUUUUAUGAACAUAAAUGUUAAAUAAAUCAAAUUUUAAAACUC